UUUGCUGGACGAGGAGUGUUAUAUGAUCGUAACGUUAGUGCCCCCGAUAUGAGUUAUUCGGCUAAAUAUCUAUCAACUAAUAAUACUACGAAAGAUAUCGGUAUUGAUUCGCGUCGUUCAAGCGAUGAUGCUGUUUGUAACAAGGAAGGUGUUGAAGGAAUCCUGGAAAAUAUUGAUGGUGUUAGCAUGAAACAUGUCAACUUCGAUGAAACUUCAUCAGCACCGGAACAGAAGCAGUCGUCAUUCGCAAAUCUUUUACGACAUUCAAAAUUCAUGCAGUUAGGUGAUUUUGAUGGUUGCAUCGUGGUCGGUAAGGUGGUUAAUCAAGUAGCGAAUGAUAUUUAUAUCGACUUCGGACUUAAAUUCAACGCUGUUUGCAAAAUAUUACCAUCACUUCAAAAUGAGAAGUUUGUGAUUGGAUCAAAUGUCUUGAUAAGGUUACAUAAUCCAGAAUUGUCUCAGCAGUUCCUUGGUUCAACUCGUGAUUUGACCCUUUUAGAAGCAGAUGCAACAUUAAUUCGACUGUACAAUUGA